AUGAAAGAAUUUCGAGAAGUUUGUUUUCGAGGUAUACCAGAAGAAUCAGGUUUACAUGCUACAGCCUGGAAAGUAUUACUUGGAUAUUUACCGCCAGAGAAAUCCAUGUGGCAGUCCACCAUAUAUGAACAACGAUUAUCUUAUUAUAAUCUAGUGAAAGAUUUAUUAGAAAAACCUGGAGAAGAACCACCUAGUAGUGAUCAUCCUUUGAAUUCCACUCCUGGAUCGAAAUGGGCAACUUAUAUUCAGGACAAUAAUACUUUAGAACAAAUAGAUAAAGAUGUAAGACGUACUCUACCAGAUUUCGCUUUUUUUCAACAACGUGUACCACAAAAUCCUUUAAAUCCACUUUCAUCACCACCACUUCCUGUCAACAAUACAAUUGAAGAAAGUAAUGAUAUUGAUCCUUUACAACAAUCUGAUACGAAACGUCGAUUCUCUUUUGGUAUCAUGGGAAGACCAAGAUCUGGCUCAAAUACAUCUAAAAAAUCUCUCAAAGUCAACAAUAGUCUCAACAAUGCUAACCGAUCAAGAUCCAAUUCAAAAAGUUCUACUAGGUCAUCUGGUGGUAUCAUGAUGGAAAAUGGUACAGAUAUGAUUCAUUCACCACGAAAUAUUGUACGAAAACUAUCCACAGCAUUUUCAAAAUCAAGUUCAUCAUUAUCACUCACCAACAAUACUACUACUACUAAAUAUAACAAAAAACAAUCAUCAACUGCAGCAUUGACUCCUAUUUGUCCUUAUAUCCCUAAUCGACGAUCUCUCUUCAAACGUAUCCAACAACAACAAACAGAAAAUUCACAACAAGAGAAAGAGAAGGAAGAUGGUUACAAGAAGGAAGGUGAUGAUGAUUAUACGCAAGAUUAUCAUUGGGAAGUGAUUGAACGUAUUCUUUUUAUGUAUGCAAAAUUGAAUCCUGGUAUUGGUUAUGUACAGGGCAUGAACGAAAUUCUAGCUCCUAUUUAUUACGUAUUUGCUAAUGACACCUCACCAGGUUUAGCAGGUCAGGUACAUGCAGAACCUGAUACAUUUUAUGUGUUUACAAUUCUAAUGGGCGAUGUACGUGAUCACUUUGUCAGAUCUUUGGACCAAGAUGGUAUGGGUAUUCAUGCAACCUUAUUUCGAAUGCAACAACGAUUAGCUUGGUAUGACAAGACUUUAUGGCGUGAUCUACAAAAGAAAGAGGUGAAAGAACCCUAUUAUGCUUUUCGUUGGAUCACUGUACUAUUUACUCAAGAAUGGGAUUUACCGGAUGUGAUACGAUUAUGGGAUUCUUUGUUGGCGGAACGUGGCAUGUCUUAUGGAACCAAACCUGGAGGUGAACGAUAUCAACAAACCGAUACUUCAUUUGAAUUUCUACUGGAUUUUGCUGUUGCAAUGCUUGUAUGUAUUCGUCAAGAUUUACUCAAAGGGGAUUUUGCAGAAAACAUCAAACUCCUUCAGAAUUACCCUGUGAAUGAUAUUCAGUUUGUGUUAACCAUGGCCAAUCGAAUACGAGAAACAAGACUUCAAAUGGUAUCUAUGGGACAAGUAGUACCUGGUGUGAAUGAUAUACGACAUAGUGGAGUCUUUAGUGGAGAUUGGAGUGAUACAUCAUCCAUUUCAUCAACAACCAGUACAGCAAGCAGUCGAUUACAACAACGAUUACGGGAAUCUACAGAUAUAGCAAGAGCCAGUUUUGAUUCAUUCAAACGGGAAUCAAAAGAAUCUAUGGAUGAUAUAUUUCGACGUGGUAUGGCUGCAUCUGGUGAACAAUGGAAACGAGCAAGUACAGGUGAAAUGAAACGAAGUAUUUCUCAACGACUUGGAUUUGUUAAAAGCAACGUAUUUAACAAAGCAAAACGAUCUGGAUCUGUACGAUCAACAACUAGUGAAACAUCAUUUAUAUCAUCACAACAACAACAAAAACAUUGGUUGCUGGCCAAUCAAUUCAAUCAAAGUGGUAUCCUUUCCACCUCUUCAUCAACGUCUGAUCAUCAUCAUCAUUUUCGAUCGAAUAGUGCCAACAGUAACAACAAUAGUUUCAUACCCUAUACUAGUGAUCGACAACGUACAAUAUCUGGAUCUUCACAAACUUACACUGAUGAUGGAUCUAUCUCAUCUAGAUCCUCCAACAUGUUAAAUCGAUUCUCUCAAUUGAUGGUAUCUGGUCAUUCAGCAUCUUCCAUCACUCCAUACCAACGAUCUUCAAGUCCUCAUGUAUAUGAUCCUCUUACAACCAAUGGCAAUGAUGUUGAUUCUUUAGUCUCGACAACCAAUCCAACAUCACACGACGAUGAAGACGACAAUGAAAAGUUACUUUUCGCAAAAGCUGCUGCUGCUCGGGAUGAGGCUCUUUAUUAUAGAACUUCUACUGCUGGUACUUACAAGGGUUGUGUCUAA